UCUUGUGUCAGUCGGUGGUUAUUUUCUGGAGGACCGUCGUGUGUAAAGACACGGGUUUUUUUUGUGUUUGUUUUUCAGGUUUUUAUAAUUUCGCUGCGCAGCGUCAUGAACAUCAACACACUGGCUGAAAACGUGUUGUAACAAUGUCGUGUUCACAAGAGCAGACCGCUACGAGAGACCCGGGCGGUGCCGAGGAGAUCAGCGACUCCGAAUUUCUGGACAUAGAACUGGAAAACCUUCAACCAGAAACCCCAGAGUCAUGUGAUGGGCUGAGUCCAGCCCUUGGUAAUGAUUGUGGGACUGAAUCAGAGACAGUUGAAGGUCCACUUAUACCCAAGACAGACUCUGCAGAGGAAGCUGGCACACCCCCUGAACUGGCCGGGGUCAGCGCUGGUGCAGGUGAGGGCUCCACAGUUCUGCUGAGGCGGAAGAGGGUCCUGGCAGAGCGCAGCCCGCUGGAGCGGUUCAGACUGCGGUACCUGUGUGUGACGGACGUCUGCGGGCAGGCUUGGUGUGAGCUGCAGGUGGUUUACGGGUUUGAACUGCCGCACGUGCCUAAGAGGGAAGAGGAGAGCCCUGAAGUGAAGGCUGGGGCCAGUAUUCACCUGGCCAGAGAGCUGGAAGUUCAUGAUGUGGUGUCUGUGAGUGCACAGAGCAGAGAGGACCGCUGGGCUCUCAAGAUCCUUAACAUGCUCAGCAUGUUGCCCAUCCUGCAGGCAGGAAGGCGGGUGCGAGAGCUGCCAGUCUUCGGCAUGCUGGAGGGUGUCUUCCUGGUGGGGGUGAUUGACGAGCUGCACUACAGCCACAAGGGGGAGCUGGUGCUGAGCGAGCUGAAGACUCGCGGCCCCAGAUCCCUCCCGGGCAGAGCUCAGGAGAGGAGCCACCAUUUCCAGGUGCGUUUGUAUAAGCUUCUGUUUGACAGCAUGGUUAGAGGGCUGCUGGAGAGAGACGCUUUCGUGCAGAGCCUCAAUCUGAGGCCAGAGCAGCCGCUGGGGUCCGGGGUGAUGGAGCACGCUCAGAAGCUGGGGCUCCACGUGCACACAUUUGGGGGGGUGCUGGAGCUGGCCCUGAUGAACCUGAGCUACUCGGAGCUGCCCGCCAUCGACGUCCUGAAGAUCGAGUACUGUCACCAAGGCUCCAGCGACGCCAUCGGCACCCGCGAGGUGAGCUUCGACGAGGCCGGUGUGAGGGCGGAGCUGCGGAACCACCUCUCUUACUGGAUUGGACAGAGGGAGCCCAGGGGCGUGGACAUCGAGGAGGCAUGGAAAUGCAGGUCCUGCUCUUUCGAGGAGCACUGCGAGUGGCGGAGAGAGAGAGCCGAGAAUGCCACAGCGAGCAAUCAGACCAAGAGAUUCAAGUGAUCAUUGUGGACGCAGCCUGUUAAUGAGCAGCUGAUGUGAAUUAACAGGGAAUGCCCAUUUUAAACAGGAUCCUUUAAUUUAUUUUUAUAAAGUUUCUUAAACGUCUGUUAUUUUAUAACACUAUAUUGCUAUUCUGUCAUCAUUUUGUUAUGAAUAAUCUAUACAUUUUAACUUAUCGUAUACAUUGAUUGUAAUGAAUCCUUAGUCAGGUGUUGUCUGUUAUUGCCACUAUGAUUUUAAUGUAAAUUUUUAAUAAUACAUUCCUUUUUUUACUACCUCUGAAACUAUGCCGUGUUACAAUUUGAGAGUCCUCUCGAACCUGCCACAUCAAAACAUCACCUGACCUCCAACUGUAAUUAACACUAUGAUUAGAAAUUGACAUAUUUUCUGUCAGCUGCUGAAAAAAAGGUAGAAAGUAACCCUACUGCACUGGCUCUAAUUUGAAGACUCUAUUCAUAAUUCAAGACUAAUUUAAUUGGAAAAAAAAAAAGCUUGGUUUGUAUCCUUGAUAAAAAAAUGUGUGCCUCUGUGGCUAACGUUAUGUCUUAUACUGAAUUGCAUUGCCAUCUACAGAGCACAGAGCACACCCAGCGAUUGAGUUUUCAAAUGUAACCUAGUCAUAUUUUAUUAUCAGUAAAUGCAUUCAUGUAUAAUAUGUUUUUACUUGCUUUUAUUAAAAAGAAAAUAAACUGUGUUGUGUCAUUGUGCUGCCAUUGCAAUA